AUGGCGAAGCCGCUGACGGACAGCGAGAAGCGGAAGCAGAUCAGUGUGCGCGGGAUCGCGGGGCUGGGCGACGUGGCCGAGGUGCGGAAGAGCUUCAACCGGCACCUGCACUUCACGCUGGUCAAGGACCGCAACGUGGCCACGCCCCGCGACUACUUCUUCGCGCUGGCGCACACCGUGCGCGACCACCUGGUGGGCCGCUGGAUCCGCACGCAGCAGCACUACUACGAGCGCGACCCCAAGCGCAUCUAUUAUCUUUCCCUGGAAUUCUACAUGGGCCGCACGCUGCAGAACACAAUGGUGAACCUGGGCCUUCAGAAUGCUUGUGACGAAGCCAUCUAUCAGUUGGGGUUGGACUUGGAAGAACUCGAGGAAAUAGAAGAGGAUGCCGGCCUUGGGAACGGAGGCUUGGGGAGGCUGGCAGCCUGCUUCCUUGACUCGAUGGCCACCUUGGGCCUGGCAGCAUACGGCUAUGGAAUCCGCUAUGAGUUUGGCAUUUUUAACCAGAAGAUUGUCAAUGGCUGGCAGGUGGAGGAGGCCGAUGACUGGCUGCGCUACGGCAACCCCUGGGAGAAAGCCCGGCCCGAGUACAUGCUUCCUGUGCACUUCUAUGGGAGAGUGGAGCACACCCCCGAGGGCGUGAGGUGGCUGGACACACAGGUGGUGCUGGCCAUGCCCUACGACACCCCAGUGCCGGGCUACAAGAAUAACACCGUUAACACCAUGAGGCUGUGGUCCGCCAAGGCGCCCAAUGACUUCAAGCUCCACGACUUUAACGUGGGUGGCUACAUCGAGGCGGUCCUGGACAGGAACUUGGCCGAGAACAUCUCUAGAGUCCUGUAUCCGAAUGACAACUUCUUUGAGGGGAAGGAGCUCCGCCUGAAGCAGGAGUACUUUGUGGUGGCUGCCACCCUCCAGGACAUCAUUCGCCGCUUCAAGUCCUCCAAGUUCGGCUGCCGGGAUCCAGUGAGAACUUGUUUCGAGACGUUCCCAGACAAGGUUGCCAUCCAGCUGAACGACACCCACCCGGCCCUUGCCAUCCCCGAGCUCAUGCGCAUCCUGGUGGACGUGGAGAAAGUGGACUGGGACAAGGCCUGGGAAAUCACAAAGAAGACCUGUGCGUACACCAACCACACUGUGCUGCCGGAGGCCUUGGAGCGCUGGCCUGUGUCCAUGUUUGAGAAGCUGCUGCCGAGGCACCUGGACAUCAUCUAUGCCAUCAACCAGAGGCACCUGGAUCACGUGGCCGCCCUCUUCCCUGGCGAUGUGGACCGCCUGCGGAGGAUGUCUGUCAUCGAGGAGGGGGACUGCAAGCGGAUUAACAUGGCCCACCUGUGCGUGAUCGGCACCCACGCUGUCAACGGCGUGGCAAGGAUCCACUCGGAGAUCGUGAAGCAGUCAGUCUUUAAGGAUUUUUACGAGCUAGAGCCAGAGAAGUUCCAGAACAAGACGAACGGCAUCACGCCGCGGCGGUGGCUGCUCCUGUGCAACCCAGGCCUGGCUGACACCAUCGUGGAGAAAAUUGGGGAGGGUUUCCUGACCGACCUGAGCCAGCUAAAGAAGCUGCUGCCGUUGGCCAGUGACGAGGCACUCAUCAGGGAUGUGGCCAAGGUCAAGCAGGAAAACAAGCUCAAGUUCUCUGCCUUCCUGGAGAAGGAGUACAAGGUGAAGAUCAACCCCUCCUCCAUGUUCGAUGUGCAUGUGAAGAGGAUCCAUGAGUACAAGCGGCAGCUGCUGAACUGCCUGCACGUGGUCACCCUGUACAACCGAAUAAAGAAGGACCCGGCCAGGCCCUUUGUGCCCAGGACUGUCAUGAUUGGGGGCAAGGCAGCCCCUGGUUACCACAUGGCUAAGAUGAUCAUCAAGCUGGUCACGUCCAUCGGCGAUGUCGUCAACCAUGAUCCAGUUGUGGGCGACAGGCUCAAAGUGAUCUUCCUGGAGAACUACCGUGUGUCCUUGGCCGAGAAAGUGAUCCCCGCCGCAGACCUGUCGCAGCAGAUCUCCACGGCGGGCACUGAGGCCUCAGGCACGGGCAACAUGAAGUUCAUGCUCAACGGGGCCCUCACCAUCGGCACCAUGGACGGGGCCAACGUGGAGAUGGCUGAGGAAGCCGGGGCCGAGAACCUCUUCAUCUUUGGCCUGCGGGUGGAGGACGUUGAGGCUCUGGACCAGAAAGGGUACCAUGCCAGAGAGUACUACGACCGCCUGCCCGAGCUGAGGCAGGCUGUGGACCAGAUCAGCAGCGGCUUCUUCUCCCCCAAAGAGCCAGACUGCUUUAAGGAUGUUGUCAACAUGCUGUUGAACCACGACAGGUUCAAAGUGUUUGCGGAUUAUGAAGCAUACAUGGCCUGCCAGGCCCAGGUGGACCAGCUCUACCGGAACCCCAAGGAGUGGACCAAGAAGGUCAUCAAGAACAUUGCCUGCUCGGGCAAGUUCUCCAGCGACCGGACCAUCACGGAGUACGCGCGGGACAUCUGGGGCGUGGAGCCCUCUGACCUGCAGAUCCCGCCCCCCAAUCUCCCCAAGGACUAGGCACCCCAGCACCCCUGGGACCAGUGGGCUUUUCUUUCCUUGUUGACUAAGCACCUCAUGCCAGUUUCCAAGCACUUUGCCAGCAGCCAGUGGUCCCUGCUUUUUUCAUUGCUGUGUUUCCAGGAGGGCCUUGGGGAUCGUGGUGGUGGCCUGGGGGGCUGGGGCAAGGAAGGAGAGGUGCUGAGAGUGAGGCGCUCCCGUGUUUCCUGCCAGAAAGCAAAGUUCGCAGCAUCAUCAGGGCAGCUGGCCCCAUAGUUUCAGCCCACCUGCCCCACAGAUGGGGCAGGUGGAGCCGCCUGCUGGGCUCCUCUGAGACCUUGCAUGCACCUUGCUGUGAGCUUGUUUUUGGUUUUGAACCUCUGGAUUCUGGGGUCUGGCCAGGUGGCCAUAGUGAAGCCUGGGGAAGUGUUUCUGCGGCACCUGGUCUGGCUGGCCGGUGUGGCCCCAAGUCCUCCCUGGCCCAGUUCCGCUUGGCUGUGCUGAGAGGGUCCACUGCUCCGGCCGUUUUCACAGCUGCUGUGUGGGUUGCUCUGGCAGAGUUUCCCGAUUGAUCAGAGAAGGGGCCUCAGGACAACUGAGGGUGACAGCACCUGUCCGGCAUCUAGGAGGCCUCAGUUAGGACAGGCUGACUGAUGCAAAGUUAGCUUGGUUUUGCUUUUUCAAAAGAAAAGUUAACUUCACAAGGAAAUGAAACUAGCUGAAACUUUUUCCUUUUUAGCAGCAAAAAUUGUACUUUUGACAUUUCACACCGCGGGAGGCGAUACUGCGAAGUUUUUGCCUGGCCCUGGGGGCUCUUUGUGGGAGGCUGAUGCCCAGCCCUGGCCACAGAUCCCUGUGUCCCAUCUCCCCCCAACCCCCCUGCUGCAGUGCCCCACGUCGUGCACUUCCUGUCUUCCAAGGCUGGCCUCCCUUUUUCAUUUUCCACCAGUGCGACAACCUGGUCUGGAAAAGGACUGGGUGGGUCCAGAGGGGAGCCCACCUUCCACUCUGCCUGGAUGGCAGGCUAGUGCUGGAGGGCCGCCCAGAGAGCUGGGAGCGGGCAGGAGCGCCCUUCCAGAGGCUCUGACCGCUUGAUGCUGGACCUGGGCAGCACGGGGCUCUGGCCUCGUCCCGGGUCCCGGCUGCUCACGGAACCAGGCAGUGGAGGAUCUGCUCACAGGCCCACUUCACGAGUACUGCUGGGGACUGCGGGGAGGGAUGUGUUAGGGGGCUAUGGUGGCCCCGCAACACCCUCCGCUGCCCCCUGAGGCUGUGACUGUCACUGCACCACCUGCUGUUACUGCCUCGUGAGAGCAGCCCAUUAAAUCUCCUGCCCCUGGC